CUGGGGCGCCCAGCCCUGGCCGCGGGGUCUCCCCAGGGAACGCGGGGCCGGGGCCGCCGGGGGCAUUUCUUCGGAGGCGGAGGGACGGCGGCGUGAGUGAAUUGAGACAAAGAGCGAGGAGGAGGAGGAGGAAGAAGAGGACACUCGGACUCGGCUACAUUCCUGUGCAGAGAAAGGCGGGAGGCGGUGUUAGCCCUUUACGGACAGCUGGGUCCGGCGCUGCUCUCAGCUGCUGUCGGCGUAUUUACAGCCGGCUCUCCCGGCCGUGGGAGGAGGACGGAGAAACAACCAUGUAAGUUCCCAAUUGCCGGGGGUCCUGUGAGAAGAUGGGGGAUGCCGCAGACGCCAAGGAGAUGAGGAAGACUUUCAUUGUUCCUGCCAUCAAACCCUUUGACCAUUAUGAUUUCUCCCGAGCGAAAAUCGCCUGUAAUCUGGCCUGGCUGGUGGCCAAAGCCUUUGGGACAGAGAAUGUUCCAGAAGAGCUCCGAGAGCCGUUUUACACAGACCAGUAUGACCAGGAGCACAUUAAACCACCUGUGGUGAACUUGCUGCUGUCUGCCGAGCUCUACUGUCGUGCUGGGAGCCUUAUUCUCAAGAGUGAUGCUGCAAAACCCCUUCUAGGUCAUGAUGCUGUUAUACAAGCCCUGGCACAAAAAGGCCUUUAUGUCACUGACCAAGAAAAGUUGGUGACCGAACGAGAUCUUCACAAAAAACCCAUUCAGAUGAGUGCUCACUUGGCCAUGAUCGACACGCUCAUGAUGGCCUACACUGUGGAGAUGAUCAGCGUGGAGAAAGUCAUCGCAUGCACCCAGCAGUACUCAACCUUCUUCCAGCCUGCAGAGGUACCCUAUGACAUUGAGGAUGCUGUCAUGUACUGGAUAAACAAGGUAAAUGAGCAUUUGAAAGACAUCAUGGAACAGGAACAAAAACUAAAAGAGCAUCACAGUGCAGAAUCUGCAGGAGGUCAAAAGUCUCCUACCAAAUGGUUUUGGAAACUGGUUCCUGCUCGUUACCGGAAGGAGCAGACGUUGCUGAAGCAGCUGCCCUGCAUUCCCUUGGUGGAGAAUCUGCUGAAGGAUGGUACAGAUGGCUGUGCUCUGGCAGCCCUCAUCCACUUCUACUGCCCAGAUAUCAUUAAACUGGAGGAUAUUUGUUUGAAAGAUACAAUGUCUUUGGCUGACAGCCUGUAUAAUCUACAGCUGAUCCAAGAAUUUUGUCAGGAAUACCUCAACCAGUGUUGCCAUUUCAGUCUUGAGGAUAUGCUCUAUGCAGCUUCUUCAAUAAAGAGCAAUUACAUGGUGUUCAUGGCAGAAUUGUUCUGGUGGUUUGAAGUGGUGAAGCCAUCAUUUGUACAGCCCCGUGUUGUUGUGCAUCCCCAAGCUGAACCUGCAAAAGAUGCAGCUUCUGCUCACAGCUUGAAUGCUAACAGAAGAAAUUAUGUGGAUGGUCCAUCUGGUUCUGACUUUGUAGCCAGAUUGGGAAGUCCAGCUUACACACCCCCUCACCAACUGCAUACACCCCAGCAGCCUUAUUCAUCUGUUCCAGGAGUCAUCAGAAGGUCCACAUCAAUGUCUUAUGUAGAUGGGCAAGUAGGGACAUGGCCCAAAGAGAAAAGGUCAUCAUUACAUGGAGUUUCAUUUGACAUUCCUUUCGACAAAGAGAAAAGCAUUCCAGCAUCUGCUCCAAGCAGAGGAAUUCCUAGAUCUGUGAGCAACGAAGGCCUUACAGGAAACAUCAACCGCGUGCCGAAGCAUCCCAGAAAAAAUCUGUCCUUCAAACCAGUAAAUGGAGAAGAGGAGAAUCAAGACAUUGAAGAGGAAAAGGUCAUGACAAAGGCCAAUCAGUCUCUUAAUGCAAAUGAGAGAAAUGCCAACGAGAGCAGACACUACAGGUUUCCAAAUGGAGCUCUGCAAAACAGGGCAGUUCUGGAUGAUUUUGGCAAUCAGAUUGAGACUCCGAGCAUCGAGGAGGCUUUGCAGAUAAUUCAUGACACUGAAAAAUCUCCCAGACUUCUCCAAACAGACCAAAUUACAAAUGGGUUCUUCCUUCACAAUCGGGAAAUGAGCAUCUUGAAUUCAAACAUUAAACCCAAUCAGACUACCCCAGAUAUAAUCACAGACACUAAGGGUGCUCUGAGCCCUGUGACUGACAACACAGAAGUAGAUACUGGAAUACAUGUCCCAUCAGAAGAUAUCCCAGAGACAAUGGAUGAGGAUUCUUCUCUGAGAGAUUACACUGUAAGCAUGGACUCUGACAUGGAGGAACCAUCUAAAUUUCUCCAGGAUUACGACAUGCGGGCUAGCAAUCACAGAGAUCAAUUAAGUCCCUGUCCCAGCUCAGUAAGUACUAAAUCACAGGCAGGCAGCAGUGCUUCUUCCAGCUCAGGGGUUAAAAUGACCAGCUUUGCUGAGCAGAAAUUCAGGAAGCUGAAUCACACAGAUAGUAAAAGCAGUGGAAGCAGUUCUCAGAAAACCACACCAGAAGGUUCUGAGCUGAACAUCCCUCAUAUGGUAGCUUGGGCUCACAUUCCCGAGGAGGCAUCUGUUCCUCAAGGAAGAGACACUACACAGUUACUGGCUUCUGAAAUGGUACAGCUGAGGAUGAAGCUAGAGGAAAAGAGGCGAGCCAUUGAAGCACAGAAGAAGAAAGUUGAAGCUGCAUUCACAAAGCAGCGGCAGAAAAUGGGAAGAACAGCAUUUCUCAAUGUUGUGAAAAAGAAAGGGGACGGGGUAUCACCUCUCCGAGAGGAAGCAGCGGGAGCUGAAGAUGAGAAGGUAUUCACUGACAGCAAUCGGUUGAAAGAAAAAGAAACUCAAAAAUCAGAUGACCAAACUAGUAAGACUUCAGAAUUAAUAAAAGAAAACCCAGAAAAUUCUCAUAGCAAAUGGUUAAAAUCUCCUGCUACUUCUGGGGAUGCUGAAAAGCAAUGGAAUUUAGCAAGCCCCUCAGAAGAAAAUCUUAAUGAUGGAGAUCUCUUAGAAUAUACAAAAUCCAUUGAAAAACUGAACUCUUCCCUACACUUUCUACAACAAGAAAUGCAACGUCUGUCCCUUCAGCAGGAGAUGCUGAUGCAGAUGAGAGAGCAACAGGCUUGGGUUAUUUCUCCUCCUCAACCUUCUCCUCAGAAGCAGAUUCGGGACUUUAAGUCUUCAAGGCAAGGGGGAACUCCAGCUCCUGUUGCACCUUUCUCACAGGAAUCUCCUCGCUCUACACAUCAAUCUCCACAAUCUUCCAACAAGAAGAAUGCCUCUUUUCACAUUAAAAUGCAAAGGACUCCUAGGCCAAAUGAACUGAAAAUAACGCCUCUAAACCGUACCUUGACUGCCCCACGCUCUGUGGACAGCCUUCCCCGUUUGAGGAGGUUUUCCCCCAGUCAGGUUCCCAUUCAGACCAGAUCAUUUGUUUGCUUUGGAGAUGAUGGUGAACAUGUAAGUGAACCUCAGUUAAAGGGAAAUCUUUCGAAGGAAGUCAAGCCUACAGAAGAGGCAGCAAAAGAAGAAGGACCAAAAUUGCCAAAACAGGGUGAGCAGAAGUUGGAGGAAAAGGAGAUUAGGCCUAUUGAAUCUAAUGUUUCUGAAGUGUUAUCUCAGCCUAUCACAGAAACAGUCUGCCUCACUCCAAAUGAAGAUCAGCUAAACCAACCCAUUUUACCACCUCCAGCUCCCAAAACAGCUAACUUAAUUGAAGUUUCCCUAUCAGAUUUGAAGCCACCAGAAAAAAGCGAGGUAUCUGUUGAGAAAUAUGAAGGUGAGAGUGAUAGAGAACAGUUUGAAGAUGACCAGAAAGUAUGUUGUGGAUUCUUUUUUAAGGAUGAUCAAAAGGCAGAAAAUGAUAUGGCAAUGAAACGAGCAGCGUUGUUGGAGAAGCGUUUGAGAAGGGAAAGAGAGACUUUGCUUCGAAAGCAGCAGCUGGAAGCAGAACUAGAACAUAAGAAGGAAGAGACAAGACGCAAAACAGAAGAAGAACGUCAGAAGAAGGAGGAUGAACGAGCACGGCGAGAAUUUAUUAAGCAGGAAUACAUGAGAAGGAAACAACUAAAGCUUAUGGAAGACAUGGAUACUGUCAUAAAGCCACGUUCCCUCUCAAUCAAACAGAAAAAGCCACGUCCAAAAUCUAUUCACAGAGAUCAUAUUGAAUCACCUAAGACACCAAUCAAAGGUCCACCAGUAUCUAGUCUUUCAUUGGCAUCGCUGAAUACAGGGGACAAUGAGAGUGUGCAGUCAGGCAAGAGAACACCAAGGUCUGAAUCUGUGGAAGGAUUUUUAUCCCCAAGUCGCUGUGGGAGUCGUAAUGGAGAAAAAGAUUGGGAAAAUGCAUCUACAACUUCUUCAGUGGCCUCUGCUACAGAGUACACAGGACCAAAGCUCUUCAAAGAACCCAGUGCUAAAUCUAAUAAGUAUAUAAUUCAGAAUGCACUGGCACAUUGCUGCCUGGCUGGAAAAGUGAAUGAAGGUCAAAAGAAAAAGAUUCUGGAGGAAAUGGAAAAAUCUGAUGCCAAUAAUUUCUUAAUCUUGUUCCGGGAUUCAGGCUGCCAGUUUAGAUCUCUGUACACAUACUGCCCUGAUACUGAAGAAAUCAAUAAAUUAACAGGAAUAGGUCCCAAGUCUAUCACAAAGAAAAUGAUAGAGGGACUGUAUAAGUACAACUCUGACAGAAAGCAAUUUAGCCACAUACCUGCCAAAACUUUGUCUGCCAGUGUUGAUGCAAUUACCAUUCACAGCCAUUUGUGGCAAACCAAGAGACCAGUAACUCCUAAGAAACUCUUACCCACCAAGGCAUAGUAGAUGGGAAAAAAUUUGCUUGAGACAAUUAUGAUAAACUUGCACUUCAUCUUUACUGCCUAUAGGAAAUAGAUUUCUAGUUGCCAACAAGACUCUUAGAACUUAAAACUGGACACCAAGUUCUAUUAUCAUGUCCAACUGGAAUGUAAACACAGUGUUUAGGAGUGCAGAAGAUAACUCUUAGGUGAAUAAUUAUGAGUGAUUACGGAAAUGUUUGACUUGUGUGGAGAUUUGUAUGUGCUAAUGCAACAUAUAGAGUAUAUUUGCUCUGUAUUUUGAUUAGAUACACUGAAGCACUGAAUGUUCCUCUUUAGUGACUCAAACUAUAUUUUUUACAUCUGUUGCCUUAUAUGUUUGUAUUUGUGCUUGUCUUGAAAUAUUUUUCUUUCACUAAAGAAAAACUUCUUAAUAUUCUCAAUACCAUUGAACUUUGCAUACUGACUUACAGUAAAGACUAAAUGAUAAAUUGUAUGUCACUGAAUAACAGCUGAAUGGGUCUGUUCUCCAAGAUCCUUACUGCGUGCUGUAACAAAAUCAAGAUUCAUUCCCCUGUGUAUUUAUAAUUCUUUUUCAAUUCAGUAGUACUGAUUUGCUUAUAAACUAAACAGUAAAGGAAAAACCUUUGAACUGCUUGAAGUUUUCUUCAAAUGAAUUAUUUAACAACUCAGGGUAAAGGUGAUGCAAUUACUUCUGUUUCAGUCAGUUGCCAUCUGAGAUGUAAUGACUGACCAUGUGCAUGUUCAUAACAUCAGUAACACUCAAAGUAAAAAGAUUUGGUAGGUCUCUGAAAUGGUUUAAGCAGUUCAUUGCUUUGCACUGUUCCAGCUGGAGAGAGAGGACACGGUCAGGUCCUGCUCCUUCAAGGAAGGAACAGGAACUCAUGAAACAUUCAGAACUAAAUCCCUGAUGUUGCCUAACAGAGCACUAAAUAUUCAGAAGAAUCACAGAAUUCACUAAGUCACAGAUCUUUGAGAAGUCCUGUAUCUAAUUCCCAUUGAUUUUAAGAUUCAGGCCACUUCCUGCCUUCAAUCUGCCAACUCAGACUUG